AUGGAUGGGUUCCUGGCAUCACCUGAAGAUCUAACAGAGGAGGAAUGUCUAGAAUUGUUCUACUUGAUUACUGGCGGAAUGCUGAAGCGCGCUGUCCAUCCAGCAGGAGUCCACUACUACGCCUUCAACUACCCCGCUUGCUUAUUGGGAACCCUGGCGCCGGGGACGGAAGCGCCGAAACGAGCAUACACCACCUUGCUGACCCGCUUCAUCGAGCUCCACGUUUUGCCGCCAGCCGCAAUAUCGCUGCUUUUUUACAAGAAUUUUUCCGAGCUGCUCGAGUCCGGGUUCAGGGCCCUUCGAAAUUGUCUAAACAAGAAACUGGCCGCAUGCCGUGUACGAGGGCAGCCUUGCGACAUUCAGGCUGAUGGACUCUGCAAGCUACGUGACGCCCAGGCCCACAUGCAGGCCUGCAAGAAUUUACGCAAUGACCUAAUGAAGGAGUCGAGCAAUUUUUGGAAUCGACCACUCGCACUGCCAGCUGGCGUGCUGCAGCCGAAUAUUCCUGAAGAACUGCAGCUACCACAGAGUCUCUUGUUCGUUUAUGGGAAUGCCGCGCCAUCAGACAGGGCGUUUUUUAAACGGGACUCGUUUCCGCCGAAGACGCUUGAAGCUUCCCUAGCAGAUCCUCCCGUCGAAGCAAUGUCGGUGAGCGCAGACGGUAGCGACGAGGACAUGGAUCAGGGUGAAGCUCCUGUGGAGCCAGAACAAGCCACGCGCUCACCGAACCAACAAGAUGACCUCGUCGAUGCCACAGGUGCGCUCACAAUGGAGGACGAUGACAAAGACUUUCUCGUGUUGCCGCACCCGCAUUUCGCUGAGUUCUUCGGGGAACUUGCUCGGUUGACAAGCAUAAAGAUAAGGACGGUCGACACGGAGCAUGAUGGCAGGCGGUGGCGCAGGCUAUUGGUUGACGGGAUCCCGCAGGACGUGCUGUUUGGGCUGGGCAUUAGUACAGAGUCCGAGGGAAUUCGAUUCGCUGAUGAAAGAGCGUGGGCCGACUUGUACUGCGCGUUCGCCAGGUUGCGCAUCAUUCCCCGGGAGAUCACCGGGCUUGUUCAAGAAUCGAAGGACUGGAUGAAGGUAAUCGCGCGCGCCGUGGCUCCGCUCUUCUCCCAAUUGAUGUGGCGGUUAUUGCUAUCGCUCAACCAGGGUGUCACUGACUACACGCUACUGCGGGACCAGAUUCGAAGAAUGACGGGGCAACACUGGAGGGAGCACCCGAUCAUCGCCCCCGCAACACUACAGAUCCCUGUGUCGCAUUCCCCGGCCAACGUCAAGAUCGUCAAGCCCCCACCAGGACAGUCGCCGCCUGAAUACGACCGGACCCGCGACGAUAAUGCUCGCCAUUUAGCUCAGGUGUACGAGGAGCUGGAAGGGAUCCGCGCCCAGCGCGCGUCGCUCGAAGAACUACGCGCGCAGACGAUGCUCGAACUGCAGAAGAUCGAGGAAGAGCUGGCGGUGAUGGAC